CCACAAUGUAUCAACCCCGCUGUUGUUGUUACGUAACACAGAAGCUGUAACGUGCGCUCUUGCGUAACUCACAGUCCGCGCGCCCCCGUUUCACGCUCGCUCGCGCCUGGCAGAGCAUGCGCAGUCGCGUCGGGGUCUAUCCGCCAUUGAGACACACGAUCUCAGAUAGAAACGGGUCAGAGGCAGUGACACAGACGACACUCACGUUUCUUCAGUCCUCGUGCUCUUAAGUUUGACGGUGACCGUUUUUAAAAGCAGAACGUCUUUUUACAGUCCGUUUACAGUGGUGUUCUCCCGUCCCCGAGAGGCGUUGAUGGACCCGCACAGGAUAUUUUAGUCGCUGUCUAGGGCGAGCGAGCGUGUUCCCGUUAGUGGGUUAACGUGAAGUGAACCGAGCCUGGCUCUGCUCCGGGGGCAAGUGUGCCUGCAUCAGCUCAGCGUUUGAUGGAUCCGAGAAUCGCCUGGUUUCAGCCAGAACAGCGCGGACCGGCCAACAACCUGUGGAUGCACAUCUGGGACACGACACAGACGCUGGGAAACCUCUACUUUAACAACAACUGCAACACAGCCAGCGCCAAACUGACGACCAACGGCGACGGUGCGUCGAGCAACGCGGCCGACAGCAGCAGCGGUAGACCCAAGGACCAACAGGGCAUGUCUGGGUCCAAACCCGACAGCGAGGUCUCCGAACAACAGGACUUCAUCCCUCUGGAAGCGUUUAACAACAUUAACAGCAGCAGGCCGGGCAGGGUUGUCGGCGGAGGGGGGCAAGUGGGUGGCAGCGGGGUCGCAGGAGUGGGAAACGAGUUACCAAGCAAGAGGAAAAGAGACAACAAGGCGAGCACCUACGGCUUUAACCGGAGUCUGCUGCUGACGGACGGGGCGGAGGACGGCUACGCGGGCACCCCGUGGAAGAGCAGAAACUACUCGGAUGGCAUAGUGGGGCUGCAUGAAGAGAUAAAGGACUUUUAUGAGUACAUAUCUCCUCGUCCAGAGGAGGAGCAAAUGAGGCAUGAGGUGGUGGCCAGGAUCCAGAGAGUCAUCAAGGACUUGUGGCCCAAUGCUGAGGUUUGUGUGUUUGGGAGCUUCAGCACUGGCUUGUAUUUGCCAACAAGUGAUAUAGACUUGGUGGUGUUUGGUAACUGGGAGACUUUACCUCUCUGGACUCUGGAGGAGGCUCUACGCAAGAGAAAAGUUGCAGAUGAAAACUCUAUUAAAGUCCUGGACAAAGCAACGGUUCCCAUUAUUAAGUUGAUGGACUCGCACACAGAGGUGAAAGUGGACAUCAGCUUUAAUGUACAGAGUGGUGUAAAAGCUGCAAACCUCAUCAAGGACUACAAGCAGCAAUAUCCUGUGUUACCGUACCUGGUGCUGGUUUUAAAGCAGUUUUUACUGCAGAGAGAGCUGAAUGAGGUUUUCACAGGAGGAAUCGGAUCAUACAGUCUGUUUCUCAUGGCUGUCAGCUUCCUACAGCUGCACUGUAGAGAGGACGUGAGCAGCUCAAACCCAAACUUGGGUGUACUGCUGAUUGAGUUUUUUGAGCUCUAUGGACGGCAUUUUAACUACCUGAAGACAGGGAUCAGAAUCAAAGACGGAGGCUCAUAUGUGGCCAAAGAUGAAGUGCAGAAAAGCAUGCUGGAUGGAUACAGACCGUCUAUGCUUUACAUUGAAGAUCCAUUGCAGCCAGGAAAUGAUGUUGGGCGAAGUUCAUAUGGGGCAAUGCAGGUGAAAGAGGCUUUUGAUUACGCUUAUGUCAUCUUAAGUCAUGCCGUAUCCCCAAUUGCCAAGUACUACCCCAACAACAAGUCAGAAAGUAUUCUGGGUCGAAUAAUCCGCGUCACACAGGAGGUGGUGGAGUAUCGUGACUGGAUCAGUGCGCAGUGGGGUCAGAAGAGCAGCAAGGAGCCCGUUCUCAACUGCAAUGCCAAUGAUCUCACACUGCUGGUUGAGCGUGAGGAGCUUGAUGAGUGUAAUAAUAACCUUUCAGAGGACAGUGUGGUGUGUACAUCUGUCCCCCGCAGCAAAGUGUCCUCCAACUCUUCGUCUCCUUCCCCUUCUUCUCCUUCAUCACCGUCGUCAUCCUCCUCUUCCCCGUCUUCAACGGCCUCUAGCUCAAGCGAUGCGGACUCUGAUGGGACUCCCUAUAAGACAGCCAAAGCUUUGGGUGGAAGGAGUACCUACAGUGAGAAUACAGAAAGGAUCUCUAAUCACAGAUCACAAAAUCAUUCAGCAUCCAUUUCCACCCCCACUCAUAAGGGCAAUAAGAGCCGGCAGCUCGCUAACAAAAGUACUCAAGGGCCGCACAACAACCCCAACAAGAUCCAGCAGAGCAGCAAGUCUGUGAAGUCCAAUGUAAAGAAGAGGAAGCCUCAGCGAGACUCAGCACAUGAGGACCUGUGCAGAUAGGAGCAGCUCUGAAGCUCUGCUGCUGCUCUUAGCAUUCAUCUCUCCUGUCCCGCUGUUCAAGGGAUGCGUCUGACUAUGAAGCUGGAAAAAGAAAAGAACAAAAAAAUAAUAAUAAGAGUAAUUGAAGUGGGGCUGCACGGCCAUUGGAUUGGAAAUCAUGCAGGAGAGUUUAGGCCUGAACUUCACUGGCUUUCAGCACAGCUUCUGCUCACUGCCUAUAGAGGAGCUGCACUGCUCCACUGGAGGACCAGAGAAUGUAGACCAGAGAAACUAUUCAACUCCAGCAAUACCUGAAGAGUCCUGGACUUUAGCCUCGCGGAGGAAAACUGAAAUAAAAAAACAAGACUCAAAUUACAAAAAAAGUUCUAUCGAAAAGAUUUUUAAAUGUCUAAAAAACAUGAACAUGUAAUUAGUACAAGAGGAAUUAUGCAUGUUUUUUUUCUUUUUUGAAGAGUGGUUCUUUUUUCAUGUCAUGUACGCAGAUUCUAAAAAUAUUUGUACAAGAAAAAAACAAAAGGAUACAAAAAAAAAUUUACAAAGAAAAAUCCCCAAAAAAUAUGAUCAAAUGGUUUCGUAAUACUUUUUAUAGUACUGUUCAAAUUUUGCCAUGCUCUAAAUACACAGCUCCUACAGCUUAUAUGUACGGGUUUGGGUUCAAUUGCCAACUUUUCCCAUCAUCAGCCUCUCCUGCUGUUGUGUUGUUAGUGUAAUGUUGUGGUCGGGCAGCGGAAGAGUGUCUGCAUAUCUGGAAACACGCACAGAUUUGUGAAAGAGGAGUGUAGUGCAUCCAUGUGGAAAUUUAAUGAACACUACAGCUGUGGCUUUCAGACUGUUUCUCUCAAUGAUCUGCCCAUCAUAAAAGAAGUUGUAUUUGUUAAUGUAUUUAUUUUUAUCAAUGACAGUGGAUUUCUAUAUGCUGAUUCUAGCGGUCAGAUGUUUUUGUGUUCUGUCUUAUGGGCUGAGUGGCAAAACAUGAUUGUUGCUUGUCAUGUAGUGUGCUAUAUAUAGAAAUGUUUUUUUUUUUUUUUCGCUCGAAUGUCAACAACCCAUUUUCUGAUUACAACUGAGUGACCAACUUUAUUUCUGAGAGUACUAUUUUAACAGAUAUAGAAGAGGUGGUUUAAAUAUUUUAAUUUGUGGCUGGCCUACGUAAAGGGAGAUGAGGUGAAUUGUUAUUCUUAUUUUUUGUGUGAUUUAUUUUUUAUUUUGUUUUACUUUCUGUUUAUUUAAUUUAAUUUUAUUUACUUUCAUUCCACUGGAUCUCGAUCUAUUGAGCAAGAAUGCCUGUUCUCUCAAAAAUUCUUCAGAUAAACAGCAGGUGGCGGUGUAACCCAAGGUUAUCUCAUACACUGUAAUUCCCCUCUGACUUGACUUUUGUUUCGUUUUUUUAGGAAAGAUUUGUUUAAUUAGAUUUGCUCACAGAUCUCUGGUGUAGUUUAAGAGAGACAAUGGCUUUUGAUCAGAUGAGAUUAGUUGCUCCACCUGUAUUGAGUGUUUAUGAUGCUAUUAUGGAGUAUCAAAGCCAGCAGUUUGUCUUAAAGCCAGAUAUGGAUGCCACUGAAAUUGAGUGAGAGAAAUGUAAUUGAAGGAUCAUUAGUGCCACAGCCAGUGCUUCACACAGGUUUACUUCAUGUAUCCAUGAUCAUCCAUGCAAUAAAAAUUACAGCACAACUAUCCAA